AGUGUAAUAAGGGACAAGCGCGAGCAUUACCUGGGGACCUCAGCGCGGCCCAGUAAGCGCGAGCACAGUAAUUUUGUCUCUGAUUUUGAUAAAUUUGGUACCAAAAGUUGCCUCUAAGUGUGAAUAAUGCAAAUUCACCGUGUAGCACGAUAACGUCGAGGUGUAUGUGGGCCUCCUGUGUAUUGCAAGAGUGUAAAAGGACGAAAAACAGGAGUAUGUACAAUAGAAACAGAACCAACAGGGGUGAAAAUCGUGUCAUCAGAUUUAAGUGUACACUUCAAAACACUAUUACUGAUGUGUUACGCUCUAGAGGAUGGCAGGAGGUUAAAGAAGAAUCAGGUGACUGGGACUUUUAUUGGGCCGAUGUUGGCUGGAUGAGGGAAGUGUUUGAUCACUGUUACAUGGAGGAGCACAUGAGACUUAAUCAUUUUCGAAACCAUUAUGAGUUAACUCGAAAAAAUCUCAUGGCUAAAAACUUGAAGCGGCUUAGAAAACAAAUAGAACGAGACAGUGGAAAAAUUGAAGCAGCAAAAUGCGACUUUUUCCCAACAACUUUUGAGUUACCAGCUGAUUACCAUAUUUUUGUUGAGGAAUUCAAGCGUAGCCCAAAUUCAACAUGGAUCAUGAAACCUAUAGCCAAAUCACAGGGGAAAGGGAUUUUCCUCUUUAGAAAGCUCAAGGAUAUCAUGGAAUGGAAAAAGGAAGAUUCAUGGAAGAUAGACGGAACAAAGGAUGACAGAGAGCCAGUUGAAAAUUAUGUUGUGCAGAGAUAUAUUGAUAAUCCAUACCUUAUUGGAGGAAGAAAGUUCGAUAUCAGGUGUUAUGUAUUGGUAACUUCUUAUAUGCCACUCAAAGUGUGGCUAUAUCGCAGUGGCUUUGGAAGAAUGUCGAACACUAGAUACUCCUUAGACAGUAUUGAAGAUACAUUUGUUCACUUGACUAAUGUGGCUAUACAGAAAACUGCUCCGGACUAUGACCCAGAAAAAGGAUGCAAGUGGUCUCUGAUUCAACUUCGUAUGUACCUCCUUGCAAAACAUGGCCCUGAGGCUGUUGAAACUCUUUUCAGAGGUAUGGAUGAUAUUUUCAUCAAAAGCUUACAAAGUACACAGAAGAUUAUGAUAAAUGACAAACAUUGCUUUGAACUGUAUGGUUAUGAUAUUCUAAUUGAUGAAUCAUUAAAACCAUGGCUUUUGGAAAUAAAUGCAUCACCCUCCCUGACGGCAUCUAACCAGCAAGACUACGAUCUAAAGUUCAAACUGCUACAUGACGUUCUAACAGUAAUAGAUAUGGAAGGUAAAUUAUCUGGUAAAGAGAAGCAAGUAGGAGGGUUUGAUCUCAUGUGGAAUGAUGGACCAGUUCACUGUGAGGAUUUGAGCAUGGAAGGAGCACCCAACCCACCCUACACAACUAAUACCAUGUUAGGAUGUUUCAACAACCGAGAGGAGAACUUGAAGAAGAUGAUGAGGAGUCAUGGGUCGUCUAAUAAAACUUGAUGUUGUUUUGAUGAUGUUUUAGGCUGGACCAAAACGUAUUUAUUAGUAAUAUCAGAUUAACUUAAUUUUAUUUCACAACUAUGUUAUACUUAUAAUGUGGUGAUUGGCGGUGCUGUGGUGUAUUUUUAUUCAGAAGAUUUACCUUUUUGUUAUAAAUCAGUAUGAUCUCUUGGACCCCUUCUCCCUGAAUCCUUUAAGCUUGAAGAGAUUUCUCCAAAUAAAACCCGUCCAUCUACUAUCUACACGCAACUUGGGCCUAUCAGACCAUAGGCGAUCAGUGCAGACUAGACCUACUUUUAUUGUGAUAAUAGUACCUGACCCGUAAUAUGUGCUUUUAAAUAAUCAAUUGCUACUACAUACCUGAAUUCUGAAAAAUCUUUGACUCCAAUUUUCAGACCACAACAUUCAGAACCAUGUUCCCUAUAGCUUUGGGGAGUUUGAGAUAUGCUCUUAUAAUUUUAAUAAAAUUUAGGUACCAUAGUCGUUUAUAUAUUUAACUAUAAUUAUAUUUUCAAAUGUACAGUGUAUAAUGUAUAAAUACUAAUUUAAUUAUAAACACAGAUGUAAUGUAUAUAAAUUAUUUAAAUCAGAUUAAAAGUCGUUCGUAAAUACAGCAGUUACAUGAACUAUAUAAUGCGAAGAGACGGUACAUAUCCAAUAUUAUAUAUUAUAGACUGGACUAAGUGCUUGUAAUACAUGUAAAUGUACUACUUUAUGAAGGUUGAUCCUAUUCGUUCCUGCAACAUACAUUGUAUUAUUAUAAUAUGUACAUAUUUUA